AUGGACAAUAGGGUCUUCACGGAUUCUGGGUACGGGUUGUUGGGUUACAUCCUGAACACCAAGACAAACAACUUUGAGGUUCUCUGUGUUAUUGAUGUUAAUUUGAUCAGUUUUGCUGUUGAGAUCAAUGAGCAAUUGCGUCUUUGGUGGAUUAGUUUUCCUUUUCCCUUCCAUUUUAAUCGUGGUGCUGCGAGAUUACCAGAGUUAGGGAGAAAGAGGAUGAGAGCCCUGAGGAAGAGGAGGAUCAAUUGUCACUGCACCAAGGAAGAGGUUAAAUCUGAAGGUGCACUCAAAACCAAUGCCAGACCCAAGCUCAGGAGAAACAUGAGAGAUGAUGAAGCAGAGAAUAUCCCUAUUUCUCUGAAUUUGAACAAUGUUAAGCGUGAGGCUAAGGUUCAAGAACCAAUAUAUGGUGCCGAGUGCUUUACUUACGGACUCUUAGCUAGGCACAGGUGCCUUCUCGAGAGCUCCAGCCAGCUCAGAGUAACAUUUUUGAAUUUGAGCGAUGUACCUUUACAAUGUGAUGAUCUUGCUCAGCUUCUUGGUAACUGUCUUAAUCUCCGACGGCUUUGGGUACUUGACACUGUUGGUGAUAAAGGUCUUGAAGCUGUUGGGUCCAGCUGCCCUUUGCUUGAGGAACUCAGGGUAUUCCCUGCAAACCCAUUUGAUGCUGACGUAGUCUACGGGGUAACAGAAUCUGGUUUAGUUUCGGUGUCUUAUGGAUGCCCUAAGCUCCACUACGUUCUCUACUUUUGUCGGCAGAUGACAGAUGCCGUUGUAGCAACGUUUGCGAAAAACUGCCCCAAUUUUACUCAUUUCCGCCUCUGUAUAAUGAAUCCAGGUGAACCCGACGACUUGACUGAUGAAUCUGUGGAUGAGGCUUUUGGUUCGGUGGUAAAAUCAUGUAAGAAGCUCAGAAGACUUGUAUUGUCCGGUUUAUUGACUGAUUUAACAUUCGAAUAUAUUGGCAAAUAUGCCAAGAACUUGGAGACACUUUCUGUGGCUUUUGUUGGAAGUAGUGACUUAGCUAUGCAAUGUGUUCUAGCUGGUUGUCCUAAGCUGAGACGGCUUGAAAUAAGGGAUUGCCCCUUUGGUAAUAAUGCUCUUCUUUCAGGGUUGGAGAAGUAUGAAUCUAUGAGAUCUCUUUGGAUGUCGACUUGCAAUGUCACAAUGAAUGCCUGUAGGCUGUUGGCAAAGGAAAUGCCUAGGUUGAGGUCAUAAUGGUUGACGAAGUCAACAAUGAAUUUCAAGCUAGUAAAGAAGGAAUGGAGGGUGUAAUCUUGUAUUUUAUUUUAUUUUCUUUGUGUGUAACCUUGUAUUUUAUUUUAUAUUUUAUUUUUUUGGACGAA